AAUGGGGUAAUGGAUAGAAUUGAGUGAAAGGUUUUAGAAUGCCUCUUAAAUUUUUAACACUGGAGAAUAUAAUAAUGGUAUUAAGAUUGGAAAAUGGGAUGUGUUAUGUAAGAAAGGGAUUGACUAAUUUGAAUGGAUGUAAUAAGAAUAUUUAAAUAAAACUAGUGGUGGUGGAUCAUAUAAUAAUGAAAAAUAAGAUGGGUUAAAGAUUGGGAAAUGGAUUGAAUUGAGCAAUUAAUUCUCGAAUUGGAAUUAAAUUACUUAUAAAGGUGAAUAUAAAAAAGGUCAAAAGGUUGGUGUUUGGGUUAUUUUAUGGAAUUGGUAUGGAGAAAAUUAAUAAAUGUAAAUAAGAAAUUUUAAAAUUUAAAAUAAAUAGUGGUGGUGGAUAGUAUGAUGAGAAUGGCCAAAGAAGUGAUAAAAUUG